UCCAAGCGCACUGAUCUCAACUCUGACUGGACAACUGUGGAGCUGCGAUGCAACCACGCGCAAGUCCAAAUGCGACACACAACUCGCGCUUGGAGUCGGACUUGAAUUGAUGCAGAUGAACUUUUUUGGAUGAAUGUUUUGGAAAUCUGCGUCACCUAGAGAUCGAUAACCUUGUAAUUGGGAUUCCGGAAAAAAAUAAAUGGGACAACAAAAAUCGCGAGAACUUGAAUCGGUCCAGUGUGCGUGCACGGUUCAGUUUAGCCAACUUUGUGCAGUAGCCCGUCCGAUCUGCCACAGUCCGCGCGGGCGCAGCAGCAGUAGUAGCAGCAGCAGAGCAGGCGGCUGGAUGUGGCAGGAGACGGGUCACUGAGCUGCAGCGAGACGGUUGCGAGUUUCCUCAGUCCCCAACUCUUCAAUGUCACCAGAUAGGAUGAUGAUCAUUGGACUUCUGCUCAGUGUCUUCUCUUGUGGUAGUUAUCCAGUAUGUGCAUCCUUAGACUGUCUGGUGGCGGAGCAGGACUGCAUCCAGGAGCAGUCCUGCAUGGUGCUCUAUCGGCUGCUGGAGUACUGUGCGGCUGAGGAGGCCGUGUCGCCCCUCGGCCGAGAUGCCCGCUUGGAGUGCCUUGAGGCCCAGAACUCCUUGCAGCAUUACCGACCCCUUCAAGUCUGCAAAUGUCAGCGUGGCUCUCGCAGAGAGGAACACUGCCUCAGGGUCUACUGGACUGUGAGAUUUGCAGCAUAUGAUCAGUAUGAAGUGUCUCCAUAUGAAGAACUGGAGUUAACUCUGGUGAGAAAUAUUGAGAUGUCUCGUAUGGCCUCCAUCAUGUCAGCUUCCUCUCUUUCUGUGGACGGCCAAAACCAGUGUCUGAAGGCAGCGCAGGACUGUGGCCUGUAUGAGAAAUGUGGCUCCCUGCGGUCAGAAUACGUUGUAGCCUGCACCAAGCGAUCGACAGUGUCCGACAGCGCUUGUAACCGCCAGAAAUGCCACAAAGCCCUGCGGCGCUUCCUAGAGCGCGUGCCGGAGGAGUACAGCUUCGCUCUGCUCUUCUGUCCUUGCUCUGACACUCUGUGUGGGGAGCGCCGGAGGAAAACCAUCGUCCCGUCAUGUUCCUAUGAGGAGAAUGGGAGAGGGGAGGAGAGAGUGGGAAAGCCGAACUGCCUCAGCCUUCAGAACUACUGCUCCAGAGACGAGCUGUGUAGAUCCCGGUUCGCUGAUUUCCAACAUAACUGCCAGGCCUCCCCUCUGUCUGCCUCUGGCUGUAUGCGAGACAGCAGAGCCAUGUGCCUGAAGGCCUACGCUGGACUCAUAGGCACCAUCAUGACUCCUAACUAUGUGAGCAACAACAGCACAGAAGUGUCUCAGUGGUGCACAUGUGACGGCAGCGGGAACGAAUGGCAGGGCUGUCAGCGCAUCCUGCACUUGUUCAGCAGCAACACGUGUCUGCGCAGCGGCAUCAGCUCCAUGGGGAUCUCUGCACCUCCUCCUGUGGAAAACACUCCUGUGCCAGCUUCUCAGCCCUCCCCGCGCGUCUACCAGGAGAGGGUCCACGUCCGCGUUAACACUCUCCCUGAAUUCAACAGUAUGGAGGACAGCGAGGAAGAGGAGGAGGAAGAAAGCGAGGAAUUCAACAUCAUCCCACCGUAUUCUGAGAAGGACUCUAACACUGAAUCAGGGGCUAGGGGGAGUAAAAAUGGAGCAGCUAGCCGAGCAGUACCGGUGUUAACAUUACUGCUGCUGCCUACACUCAUCCUGGACCGGGAGCGUUGGAGCUGCUGAAGCCUCCAUCCUCAUUCUCCGCUCAUAUUCUAUACUCGCUACCACUUUCAAAUCCAUCACAGCACUCAGAAUGAGCCACAGAGGACAUUUAUGAGGAGGAAAUGCUGAAUUUCUUUAUUUCUUUUUUCAUUUUUAAAAUACCCUGACUUUAUGUUAUAAUUCUGUUUCUGAUAUCGCUGCCUCCCCAAGAGUUAAAAGAUAUCAGCAGUCCUGCAGUAUCUGCCACGUCUUUGCUCAAGUCCUCUCCUAUGAAAUGCAGGCAGCAACAUGAGCAGAUAUAUGAGUGCAUGGGUGAAUUUAGAAAUGCUGUCUGGGCAAAUACUCUAUCUAGAGCCCGCUUCACACUCAAAGUACAUCCCCUCUUUUAACAAGAAGCACAUCGCCCAAGGCCACAUCCACUAUACACUCUCCCAAAAACCAUAACCAGUCUACUCCACUGCAACCAGGCUGGAGCACGGCUUUUGAUUUCUAUUUCAUGACUCGUGUCACAUCCGUUUCUCUGUUGGCCCCUUUGGCUCUUCCUCUCGAAGCUUCAUACUAUGGUUGAGUAGGAUAAUCCACUUUACAACAAGCUAAUAACAAACUGCACCACACUUAAACUGCUUCGUACCAUUGAAGAAGAAAGAAAACCUUUUUUAAAGUGCAGCAUUCAAAAAGAGAUGAGACACAAACCAAAUGUGUUGUCACAUUAUGUGUGAGACAUAUGACUCUUAUGCCGCCUUCUCACUUUGUGUGGCAAAAAGUAGAGUGCAACAGUCGUUCUGAUCUGCUUCUUUUGUUAACAUGCCACUUAGUAUUAUUCCUGCCAGGGUGAGUGACUGAGAAUUCGACCAUGGGCAAAACUAAUGAGAUCAAAUUCUAUUGUAGAAAUGACGAGCAUGAGAAAAGCAACAUGAGCAAUUACAGCACAAUUCAAAUUGCUCAGCAUGCAGGGAAAGUCUGGAGUAAGGCUCAGGGGAGGAAAUAGCCAAUUUACCGCUGUCAUACCCUCUCGCUUUCUUCUUAUCCUUAGGAAGUGUGUUUUAGUGCUCUUCGCCCAUCAUGUGCUUUAGAUGUUGUGAGAGCGAGAUGCGGUGAAAAGAUGCGGUGAAAGGGAUGGACACAGGAGGCUGUAGAGCCUGCUGGCUGCUCCGAUCAUUGAGCAGCACAUUGAGCCAUUCUCUCUGCCUGAAAUAGCUUUUGCUGAUGUUAAUGAUUUUCUUUCUCUUAUGGCUCAUUUUCUUGUGAAAUUAUGCAGCUGCAGGGAUGUAGGUUAAAAAAAGUAUAGUGAAGUUUUUGUAGAGGAAUAAACUCAUUUAAUUUGAGGACGAGUUUCAAGAAAUAACCUGUCUGAGCUGAGCAAGGACAUUUUAUUAUAUCGCUUCAUGUUGUUGCUCACGACACAAACUACGAAAUCAUCAUGAGAUCGUCAUGUGUGAGGGUGUGUGAGUGAGGGGCUGUCUGUGCAUCUCUGUGUCUGUCCAUAGCUAAUUUCCCAAACUGCUUCACCAAACGGCACAAUGUUUUGGGUGUUCAUUUAUGGCUGUAUGCUCAAGAACCUGUCGUGGUUGCGGUGACUCACACAUUAUCAAAAUACCUUUUAUCGCCUGUUCGAUACCGCCAUUGAUUGACCGGCCACUCUUUCACUAUUCUUAACUGGCCCCCCAGCCGGUAGGGGCCGCAAGUGAUCACACAGCUGAGUGUGCAUCGCCACGGCUCUGCAGUCAUAGUGGGUGAAAACCGUGAGCUCAGUAGACUUGAAGCCUAAAUAAAUACUUCAAAUGACAGCGUAUUCUUUGUGGGAGACUUAUGUGAAAAAGGUCUGAUGCACUUGCAGUAGAUGGGGAGGUUUAACCAAUUGUGGGUUGUGUUCAUUCAAACAUUACAGCAGUGGUCGUUGCAGACACACCUGGUGGAGAUCUGCCCUCUACUGAGUACACUUUUCUCGUUGUGGUUUUACAUUAAUUGUGUUGUAUGUAACAGAUCAAAGACAUACUGUAUCUCAAAAGAAUCCUUCUCUGAUGUUUGAAUAUCACUUGAGGAGGUAGUACUGGACUUGUUUGUACUAUGGUUAUUUGACAUGAAGACUAAACUUUUAAUAAAAAAAACAGACCGUAUAAAGGCAGAAAUGCACAUGAAGCGCAUGAGCUAUGCCUUUGCAAAUUCUGGUACAUGACAACUUCAAACUUGGGUUUGAUGUUUAAAAGUCAAAGUAGGACUUAAAUGGAUGUUGUAAGGUUUGCAGACCUUGUAGUGGUGUUACCCAUCUUGGGGGAAAAUGACAUCAUGCAGGUUUUGUUGAGAGGCUACAGGAAGCUAAGAAGUGGAUGAGGAAAAGAGCCAGUUAACAAAGCUCUGAAGUGUGACUUCAAGCUUAGUGGGUACAAGAAAAUGACAUAUUUGGACAGAGUAUUUGAAAAAGAAAAAGUCUGGUUGGACAACCAGCUGGUAUCCACAUAUACGAAGCAGAACCAGACCAGUGAAGAGAUGUGUUGGUAGAUAAACAUGCUAAAUAAACAUUACCUGUCACUGUGUCACAGUGCUGCAUCAAUGGUGCUUCUUAGUCAUAAAGCUUCAUAUGAACAGCAUUCAGCGAUAAGUGUUAACUGCAUCUAGUGUGCUUAGGCCUUAAUGACAGAAUAUGAGAUUACAUGUAUUUUCACAUUUCAAUUGGUUUGUUUAUAUUUGUAAAGUAUGUAAAGUAAACAUUUUCACUAAACAUGGCUUGCACUUUUUAAAGAGUUGAGUUUCAUAAAAAGAGCUUAUUGUCCAUCCAUAAAUUGUUUAAUUCUUUAAAAUUCUUUGAGAAAAUAUGUGAAUAUUUCCCCAAUUAGACUGUUUUUAGAUUGUAUCUUCCAGUUGAACGUGUACAGCACUAUGUUUCACAUGCUAACUUUCUUUUAAAGACAUAUCAAACAUGCCAAAUUAUUCUGACUGUCAAGUGUAAUAACUGUGCUUUUUGUGACAUAACAGAACAGUGUGCCAAUUUGGUAAAAGAAGAAUAAAAGUCACAUUGGAAAUUUCCACAUCUGACAAAAAAAAA